AAAUAAAAAUGAAGAGUGUAAAAUCCAACCACAUAUAAGAACCCCCACAGCAUCUGGUGCUUCUCUUUCGUCUGAACAAAAACAAUGAAAAUUUACUAAAAUCUGCUGCUGUACUGUUGUCAGUUUGAUUUUUUUUCUUAUAUUAUACUUGGAACAGUUUCUUUUGAUAACAUAAUUCACAUUAAUUCCUUUUCAUAUUUAAGCUGAAACACCAGACCAGACCUACACCUCUGGAGCUUUGAACUGUUGGAAAGAUCAAAGCUUUUGAGCAGAUCGGUCUUGUUUCAACCGAGAUUUCAAGGGUUUCUCGGGAGAUAACUGAUGGGUUCUUCUUAGGUUGUUAUUGGAUUGUAAAGUUGUGGAGUUUUUAGAGUUGUUUUAUGGAUUUUGAAUAUAUAUUGUAAAAAAUUGGAGUCUUGGAAGGAGUAGGGUUGCCCAAAUUAUUCGUGGGUACUUCUGAGAAUCUUUGAAAAUGGAAGGAGAAAUAGUUUGCGCUGAUGGGUUGUUGGCGAAUAUAGAAAAUGAAGUGAAAUUAGAAGAAGAUGAAGAAGAUUUUUGUAGCUGCUGUGAAGAUGAGAAGGAAUUGGAAGAUAGGGCGGAUGAAACAUCGGAGGAAGAAGAGGAUGAAGUGACAGAGGACGAGGACGAGGAGGAAUCAGCAAGGGAGAGUUGUGAAGUAGAUCUUGAUGAACAUUCUGUGAAGUUAUUCUUUAAGGGCAUUUCUAUAGCUGGUCCUGGAGACUCUGGUUGCAGGGUAUCUGGAAUUGGAGUGGUUAUAGAGAGGGCAGAAAGUGCUCCUCCUAUUCAAAUCCAGAAAAAGCUUGAUUUUUAUGUGGAGGAAUUUGUGGCAGAUUAUUUGGCUUUGAUGGAUGGAUUGCUGGAAGCUGUGAAGAACAAGAUUAGAAAGGUUUACGCCCUUACCGACUCUGAGAUUUUAUACGAGCAGAUUAUGCAUGAAGAGAACCUUGAUAAUCCGCUUCUCAUGGCAUUGCGGCAGAGGAUCCUAGAUCAUGCUGAUGAUAUGGAAACUUUUGUUUUGAAACUUGUCCCCAGUACUGGUCUGGCAAAGGCCUUGGACUUAGCCAAGGUAGCAAUAGGGGUUGUCUCUUCCCAUGUUGAAGGAGAUGAAUCAACUGAAAAUUGUCCAAUAUGCUGCGAGGAUAGACUGUUAGUGAUGGUGACGACAUUGAAAUGUACCCACAAGUUCUGUUCUCACUGUAUGAGAACUUAUGUUGAGGGUAAAGUCCAAUCUGGUCAAGUACCCAUUAGGUGCCCUCAGCUAAAAUGCAAAUACCUCAUCUCUGCAACUGAAUGUAUAUCUUUUCUCCCUCUUAACUCCUAUGGAUCUCUAGUGAGGGUCCUUGAAGAAGCGAAUGCUCUCAACUCGGACAAGCUUUACUGCCCGUAUCCAAAUUGUUCUGUUCUUUUGGAUCCUCAUGACUGUAUGUCCACUCGGGCUAGUUCAUCAAGCCAGUUAGAGAAUAGUUGUGUGGACUGUCCAGUUUGUCAAAGGUUUAUGUGUGUGGAUUGUAGGGUCCCAUGGCAUUCUUCAAUGACUUGUGAAGACUACCAAAAUCUCCCUUUGGAGGAGAGGGAUGCUGGUGACAUAACUUUGCAUCGCCUGGCACAAAAUAAGAGAUGGAGGCGCUGUUCACAGUGCAGGAGGAUGAUUGAGCUCACACACGGAUGCUAUCAUAUGACAUGCUGGUGUGGGCAUCAAUUCUGUUAUUCUUGUGGUGCGGAAUACAGGGACGGCCAACAGACGUGUCAAUGUGCAUUCUGGGAUGAGGAUUACACUCAAGAUUUGGUAACUCAACCGACACAACAGUUUGAGCAAUGGUCGUGGGACUCAUUUGAGUCGCUGCCUACUAUGAUGGAUGCAUAUUCAGAUGAAGAGAGAUCUCAGCUGGCAUUGAUCCAGAGAUUUCUCGCUGGUGGAUUCAGUCUCACAGACCAUCAAGCGUAUCAUCAAUCCCCACCACGUUGUACAGAUUCUUACGUCGAUGCCAUGAAGGAUCUCCAUCAGCUUCCAUGGCUUGAACGAUUCGUGUCUGUGAUCAGUGACAAUUACUAUGAAGAACACAUCCAGUGA